AUGUCGACAAGUCUUGGUGUCAGCGAGACAAAUUGCAAUGAAUGCCGCCGCAGGAAAGGAAAGUGCGAUCGCGUGUUGCCGGAAUGCACUUCGUGUUCCCGUAACCGACGUCACUGUCUGUACGAGAAGGCCGCUGGUCGGACGCCAUUGACAAGAAAGAAUCUCACAGAGGCUGAGGAAAAGCUACGGCGUGCUGAGCUGAGAGCUAGAGUGGCUGAGCGUAGAGCCAUCGCAGCUGAGGAAAAACUGGCUUCUCUUAUGCGUACAAGUAGUGCUGGUAACAUGUCUGAACAUCCACCCAUGCAGGACAAUGGCGCUGCAAGCUAUAUGCCACUCGAUGUAACAAAUACAUGCUUAGACUCAGAGGCUUCUGAUUACCUUGGUGUGCUGGAGCAACAGGUCCUCUCCUUGGAUGACGAUGGCCUGCCAGAAGAACCGCCUUCGGAAAUCGAUGAUUUCAGCUGGGAUGAGAUCACUCGUGUCACCACAAACAAUCAUGAGCACGACCAGCAUGAGACCACGGCACAUGUCAAAGACGAAGAGGUUGUGGAUGGCAUGGCUUCACUAAGUGUUGAAGAAAGAGGAGCCGGGUAUCUCGGGACCGCGUCUGGCGCUGCGAUGCUGCGUCUGCUAAUGCCUGAUGUGGAACCGCGAGACACUGCUAGACAACGACGAAAGACCAACACAGAUGAGCCCAUUGUACACGACAACAAAGAUAUGGCCUAUGAACAGCUCGGUUUAGCUGACAUUGAUCUCGAUUCCGCCAUUGACGCAUAUUUUGCAUCUUAUCAUUUACAGUAUCCUAUGGUUCACGAACCCACAUUUAGGGCACAGUAUUCUUCAAUCAUUCCGCGUCCGAACGGGGUGGCUUUUGAGGCACUGGUUUAUAUGCUAGGUGCUAUCGGCCUUUUCUCGACAGCGACAACAACAAAUGAGAAGAGCAACGACGAUCUCAAGUUGUUUGAGGCUGCAAAGCUGAACAUCAAGAUCGAUGUGCUAGAGAAAGGCAACGUCACUCUAUUGCAGACAUGGCCUGAGAGUCGGCAGACUAUCACAACCUACACUUUCAUGCUCGCUCAGGCCAAGUUCCACCAGGCGACUGCCGGGAUAUACACUCGAGUCAUUUCUAUGCCCUACCCAUCUGCUUCUGAACUCUUGAGUCUUGAUAAGGAAUUACUAGGCAGUUGGCUUCAUAGCCUAGGACCUUGGUAUGUCGAACAUGCUCAGGUGCCUGCCAAGUUUGCACUCGGACAUCACAUCAUGCACAACAGAGCACGAAACUUUCGAAUCAUCAUGUACCGUCCGUUUGUGAUUCGCAGUGUACUGAGCUCAGCCAAGGGAAUGGACGGAUUAGGCCCAUCUCCCGCUGAACAGGCUGCGAUCGAUCGAUGCCUCCAUGAAGCAAAGACAACUAUUUCUUCUAUCCGCACAUAUUGGUCUGCUGGAAUUCACAACAGAUUGGGGGCUUGGUAUUCUCUCUAUUUUAUCUUCCAGGCUUCCUUGAUACCAUGCUUAUGUCUACGCAACCAACCGAAUGCCCCACUAGCCUCGGACUGGCGAUCACAGAUACAUCAGACUCUUUCUGUAAUGACUGAGAUGAACGGGAUCAAUCCGAGUAGUAUCGAAUGCCAAUCUGUAAUCAACCGACUCUGCGGUCAAUUUCUCAACACAGCAGCUUCCGCGUCAGUCACCAGUUCCGUUCCUCUGGUAGCCACCGAAGAGAGCCCUCAGACUCAGAUCAACAAUGUUUACUCUAUGAUGUGGCCGAACACUAGUCCUGCAAGCACAGAUUUGCUCAUGAGCGAUCCACAAUGGGCACUUGUCAUGAAUCAGGGACAAUUUGAUUCUGAAUCAGUAACACAGACUUGGGACUGGACUUAG